UGGCUUGGUGGGGAUGAAAUCAUUACUUGCAGUGCAUCACUAGGGUGGAUGAGUUUCUACCAGAUUGACAUCCUGACUGCGCUAUCAGGACUGAAUGUUGUGCCUCUUUUUAUUAUUUUUCUCCUCGAAUCGGGACUGUACACAUUCAAAAAUAAUUGGACUUGUCAACCUUCGUCUAUACGUCAGUUUGAAAUUAUUCUGCUUCAACGCCAUGCAGCAAAGGAAAAACGUAAUUUUUGUUGUCAGCGUCGGGUCGUUGCUUCUCUGCUUGAAGCUGACGGCUGACUUAAAGUGGUGGCCGAGAGCUCAGAACGAGCUACCAACGAUUACAUCACUUUACAUGUCAGAGGUAAUGACAUUCAUCAACGAAGGGUAUCCAAUAACUGAUUCAGACAAGGGGCCUUUAACAAACCUUGAGCAGAAGGACGACAUCAGUGAAGGGAACGAGGAAAUCAUUUUAAGGAAACAUAUUUCGGAGAGUCUUUAUAAACUUGCGCCAAAUGUCUUCGACGCGGUGCCAGAAGAAUUUCUCUCUAAAUUUAGAAAUCCUUGCUGGCGGUCUCAACUCUCUGGCGAGGGUGGUCUGAUGACGUCACCUCCGCUGAAGUGUCUACCCUAUUUCUUUCUGGCCGGUAUGCCAAAGUCUGGUACCACUGACGUCCAUGACAAGUUGCAUACGCAUCCACAGGUCUUCAGAGCUCGCGUCAAGGAACCACACUGGUGGACCAGAAAACGCUUCAAUGGAAAAAGCGUACUUCAGUACAUCCGCGGCCAGUCAAUUAACAUCGCAAAGCAACUUGUGAAGGGUUCUGACCCUUUGAUCAUUAUGGGAGACUCUUCGGCCUCGACCUUCUGGGACAACAAAAAAUGGCGCCAAUUCUUCCCUCAGGAAAACAUUGGUCCUCGUCAUCUUAAUGCAGAAGUUAUUAGCACAGUCUUGCCAAAGUCUAAGAUAAUUGUCACAUUUCGAGAUCCUACUGCAAGGUUGUUCUCUGAUUUCCACUACUUCAAUAAGCACGACUAUGACCAGGGGCCGUCGAUAUUCCACAGUCAAGUCAUAGAUUACCUUCGUCGUUUUAAGUCAUGCUUAGCUAAUAAGAAAGACAACAGGACGUGUGCGUAUGAUCUUCAGACUAAUUCAACAGUGAGAGCCAGCAUCGGACUUUAUUCAGUCUACCUCCGUGAUUGGCUGAAAGUUUUCCCACGUGAUCAGAUUAAGGUCAUCCGAUUGGAGGACUGGCAAACCAACUGCACACAGAUGCUGCCUCAACUAUUUGAGUUUCUCCAAUUGAGGAAACUGGACAGUACUGACAUAAAAAAGACAUGCCUCCGUCACCCGUCCAAUGUCUACACGAGACCGACUAAACAAAUGCUACCGGAAACCAAACAGUUGUUGAAGGAGUUUUAUCAGCCCUUUAAUGUAGAACUUGCUCAGUUGCUGAACGAUGAUAAAUACCUAUGGGAGGAUAGUGCUUUAUGAUCUUAAGCAUUAUUAAUGUAAAAGUAAUCAAUAUUAAAUGUAAUGGUUUAACGAAACGCUAGGAUUAAUACUAUCCCGAGUCAAGGACGAGUGUUUCUCAUCCUAACUUAGGAUGGGUUCAAUGCGUUUUUAAUUACGUCUAUGGAUAUGGAGCUUCACUCGUCUUAAGUCCG